CAACGCUCGGUGAUGCAAUCAUUGCUCCGUUUGCUCCGCUCUUGACCUCCUCCGCCUUUGCCUUUCUUUCGACCACUACAGCUGAGCUACAGUCAGGUUGCAUUUGAAAAAUAUAUAAAUAAAUAUAACAUAUCGGCCAAAAAAAGAAAAGAAAAAGAAAAAUAUAUAAGCUGUUGCCUGAGGCGGUCGCCAAAGAGCCGUUGCAGGGUUUCGUCGUCGAUCGUCGGCUUCUUCUCUCUUUCUCUACACUCUCCUCGUUGCGUGGUUGUUUAUCCUUGAUUGUAACUAGAGAUGGGCAGCAGUCCCGCUCCCUUUUCAGAUAUUGGCAAGAGAGCCAGAGACCUCUUGACCAAAGACUACAACUUUGAUCAGAAGUUCACCCUUUCAAUGCUGAGCUCCAGUGGAAUGGGACUUACAGUGACAGGCUUGAAGGUGGACCAGAUUUUUUUGGGUGACAUAAACACCGUUUACAAGAGUGGAAAUACUAUUGUGGAUAUGAAAGUUGACAGCUACUCCAAUGUGUCUACCAAAGUUACCGUUAAUGAUCUCUUGCCAUGUACCAAAGCUGCAUUUAGCUUCAAAAUACCUGAUCACAAGUCUGGAAAGCUAGAUGUGCAAUACGUUCAUCCUCAUGCAGCCAUUGAUUCCAGCAUUGGCCUGAAUCCUACCCCUCUUUUGGAACUUUCAGCAACAAUCGGAAGCAAGAAUCUGUGUUUGGGUGGUGACAUUGGAUUCAAUACAGGUUCUGCAUCAUUAACAAGAUAUAAUGCUGGGAUUGCCUUGAACAAGCCAGAUUUCUCUAUUGCACUAUUGUUGACGGAUAAAGGACAAGCACUGAAGGCAUCUUAUGUUCAUUCUGUCAGUCCCCUCACAUCUGUUGCUGCCGAAAUGACUCAUAGAUUUUCCACCUACGAGAACAGUUUCACCAUCGGGAGCUCACAUGUUGUAGAUCCAUUAACAGUGGUGAAAACUCGGUUUUCUAAUAGCGGGAAGGCUGCAAUGCUGUGCCAGCAUGAAUGGAGGCCGAAAUCGCUGGUAACCGUUUCUGCUGAGUAUGACCCCAAGGGCAUCAGUGCAGCACCCAGGUUUGGGCUUGCGCUUGCUCUCAAACCAUGAAAAGCAGAUCAGUUUUUUGACUCAGGUGUCCUCGAUUAUUAUUUUAGCAAA